AUGAAGAGGAUUGUGAAGGCACUGUUUACGGCGAGGCGGUACUCUCGUCACCACUUCUCAAACAUCCGCCUGGAUCGACGCAGACGGCUGCUGGCGGGUGACUCGGAGUCGGUGUAUACCAUAUUCGUUCAGCCUUUGAGUGGGAGGAGCAUCCCGAUAGUUGUGUCCGCUCGGACGACGAUUGCAGACGUCCGCCGCCUAUUGGUCACGAAAGGUGUUCAAUCAUCGCUCGCGAGCUCAGUGUGCAUAUGCGGCAUGAAGACGCGCAAGGUAUUAUCGGAUGAUCAGAGCAUGCGCGACCUUGGAGCUGGUCCGCUUUCCCACUUCUUGAUGAUUGGGUCCCUGCGUGGUGGGACCCCAUUCGGAAAUCGGGCAUUCACAUGUAUGGGCUGCGGUACAUCUGGGUUUGAGAAUGCGACUUCCCUGUCACGCCACGUCGCUCGGUCAGCAGAUCCGCGGUGCGCAGCUGGCAUUGCCAGUGCUGCCGACCUGGCCCGUGAGGAGGUGCUUGCCCGUCUGUCGCAGCAGCAGGCGAACGUUCGCCAUGCGGAUCACGGCGAAGGCUCUUCCCACCACAACUCCUUAAACACGGGCGCAGACAACCUCGACGCCGUACCAGCCGAAGAUCUCAACGAUGGCGAAAUGGAGCCCGAUGAUGACCUCGCCCACGGCGCUAAUCUCGGGGUACGUUCUCCGUGUCCAUCGUCGAGGUCGUCUUCAUCUUCAAGUUCAAGCGAGGAGGAGCGGGACUACGAUGUUCCUCCCUCCUCGCCACUGCUCAUACCCUCUGGUCGACAUUCGAGGUCGAUCUCACCUGUGGCUCACCCGGAAGCUGGUGGCGACGACGAUAUGCUCGUCGAUCAGGAAGAACUCCCUGGGCUUCGUGGUCCAGAUGAGGACUUUCUGUUCCAAGAGCCGCAUGUCGUUCGCUUCGGUGGUCAAGCCGGUGCCAUCGCACAUCAGCCUGCUGGUGUUGACCGCCCAAAUGAAGGGCCAUUUGCCCUGUACGAAGCAGGAUUGGCCAACACCAUCUCCGAGGAGAAUGUCUUCGCCCCGUUCGCCUCAGAGAGGGAGUGGCGCAUUGCUCAGUGGGCGAAGAAGCGUGGCCCAAGUGCAAGUUCGUUCAACGAAUUCCUAGCAAUCGGUGGCGUUCUCGAUGCGCUACAGCUCACCUUCAAGAACACGAAAGAAUUGAACAAAGUCGUCGAUAAGAGCCUUCCGACCCGACCCAUGUUUGCCCGACGUGUCCUUGAGGUCGAUGGCGAGACGUACGACCUGUGGCUGCGAGACAUCAUGCAGUGCAUCGAGGUACUAUUUGGCUCGCCUGAUUGGGCUGCGGACAUCCUGGUCGCACCCGAGCGACACUACACAGACGAGACCGAGGCAACACGGAUCUAUGGUGACAUGAAUACUGGAGAAUGGUGGUGGCGCUUGCAGCACAAAAUCGAGGACAAGGAACGUGGCGGCACAAUCGUACCUCUCAUCAUCUCGUCCGACAAGACCCAGUUGACAUUGUUUCGCAAUCGCUCCUGCUACCCACUCUAUCUGACAAUCGGCAAUAUACCAAAGGCUAUACGUCGGAAGUCAAGUCGUCAGGCCCAACUCCUCAUUGGAUAUCUUCCCGUCACGCGACUAUCCCACAUCAAGAAUGAAGAGACUCGCCGCCGCGCGAUUUCUAACCUCUUCCAUGCGUGCCUGAAGCAGGCGCUCGCUCCGACUCGCAAGCCGGCACGUCGUGGCGUAAAGAUGUCUUCAGGCGAUGGGUCUACGCGCCGCUGUCAUCCAGUGUUUGCGGCAUACAUCGGAGAUUAUCCUGAGAUCGUCUGCGUCGCCGGGGUGAAGAAUGGUCAAUGUCCCGCGGGUGAGGUCGACUCAAACUCUAUGGGUGAGGCCGUGCCGUGCACGCAGCGCGACCUGAACGCGAUUUUGCGUGCCUUGAGUAUCAAGCCGAUCACGGACCCAUUCUGGAAGGACUUGCCUUAUGUGAACAUCUACGCGUCAUUCCCUCCCGACAUUUUACAUCAGCUAUACCAGGGAAUGGUCAAACACAUCAUCGAGUGGAUAAAGUCGGCGUACGGCGCCCGCGUGAUCGAUGCACGGUUUCAAUGCCUGCCUCCGAAUCAUAAUCUGCGACACUUCUCAAAAGGAAUCUCACACCUCUCCCGCGUUUCUGGGACUGAACACCAAGACAUAUGUCGUGUUCUGCUGGGCACCAUUGUCGACCUCCGUUUACCUGGCGGCCAAAAUCCCGUGCGACUCGUGCGCGCUGUACGUGCCCUCCUCGACUUCGUGUAUCUCGCACAACUCCCAGCCCACACUUCCACGACGCUCUCACAACUAGACGACUCGUUAGCUCGCUUCCAUGCGAACAAAGGCGUUUUUGUGGAACUAGGUAUUCGCGAGCACUUCAACUUUCCGAAAUUGCACUCGCUCCGGCACUACGUUAGCGGAAUCAAGAUGUUUGGCACAGCAGAUGGGACGAACACUGCCCAAUCCGAGCAUCUUCACAUCUCGCUCGCCAAGGACCCAUGGCGAAAAUCAAAUAGGAAGGACGAGUAUCCACAGAUGACGACCUCUGUCGUCCGGCUUGAACAGAUCCACGCGCAUGCCCUCUACGUAGACUGGCGGCUCGCCGGACGCCCUGAUCUGCCGACAACACCUGCGGCCAUCCCACACAAACUCCAUCAGCAUGUAGCUCGCUACCCGACUCACAAGUCUCUCUCCUUCGCCGCUGUCGAAUCGCGCUAUGGUGCCGAUAACUUCCCAUCAGUCCUCAAAGAAUUCAUUGCGCACUUCAAGCACCCUCAUCUGUCUGGGCGAGAACUGGCGAACUUCGUAUCCGUGUACGAUUUGCCGUUCCGCUCCGUGUCUGUAUGGCACAAGGUGAAAUUCUGGAAUCAAGAUCCCUUCAAGCGAAGGGAUGCACCCGAGACCUUGGACGUUAUUCACGCACGUCCAGCAUAUCGGGAUACUCAAGGCCGCGUGGUGGCAGGGCGAUUUGAUACAGCACUGGUUAACGAGAAGGGGGAGGGAGGGUUUGCAGGGGUCUCGGGGUAUCGCGUAGGCCAAGUACGCGUCAUUUUCUCGCUAUCGAAGAAGGCCCGCGCGAUUGUAUUCAAGAAUGAUCCCGACGCGCCAUCGCACUUCGUCUAUCUAGAAUGGUUCAGCAGGUUCAAACCGCGCCCAGAAGCAAAUCACCUGUUCUACACGGUGAAACGAUCACUUGACGUCGACCUACAGCGCAUCGCAGCAAUAGUACCCUUGAAGAGUCUGCACCGAAGUGCGUAUCUAAUUCCCAAGUUUGGCCCGGCGAAGCCACCGGAGUGGACAAGCACCAAUGUACUCGAGCUCUGCAACACAUUUUUUGUAAAUUCCUUCACAGACAGACAUUCGUACAUUACCGUAGUUUAG